AUGCCAAUUGAUUAUUCGAAAUGGGAUAAGAUUGAGUUAUCGGACGAUUCAGAUAUCGAAGUCCACCCAAAUGUGGAUAAGAAAUCGUUUAUUAAGUGGAAGCAGCAGAGUAUUCAUGAAAAUAGAGCCAAGAGAAAUCAUGAUAUUGCCAACUUAGAGACUCAAAUUUCUAUGUAUUUCAAUCUUAACAAACGUGUGGAUAAGCUGCUAAAUAGCGUUGACGAUCAAUCGUUGACUGAGAGAGAUGCUGUUACCAAAUUUUUGAAUGCAAAUUUUGAUAAGACUGAGAAGCCACAAGGUCCAAAUGUUGAUCCAGAGAUUCCCCCAUUCAAUGAAAUGGUGGAAGAUCUUUUUGAACAGUUGGAGGGUGAUGCUAAGAAACAAGGUUUGAACCCACAGGAUGGGUCCGUUAUUAGAAACAUGAUUCUUGGACACAGGGCAAAAAUUGAUAAAGUCACUGUUGAAGCUAAGCAGAAAUUACAAGAGCUUUACAAAGAGAGAGAGUUGCAUAUCAGCAGUGAUGAUAUAAAGACUGGGUUUGACAGUGGGUUUCUGAAUACGAAGGCUAAUGAAGAAGCAGAGAAGAAGGCUGCAGAAUUACAAAAAGUGGCGGCCGCCAAUGGAUCAAAGAGCACAUCUGACGUACCAUUGCCAAAACCACAGUUACAGUUCAUCGAAUAUGAAGAUGAUGUUAUGAAAUUGGCCCCAGAAACUGAAGAAUUUGGUAAUUUGCCUGUGGAUAAUUAUAAGGCAUCAGAACAGUACCUUUUGAAGCACAUGCAAAUUAUAUCAGAACAACAAAAGGAUGCUCUUAUGAUGAAGGCUUUCGAAUAUCAAAUGCAAGAUGAACCUAAACGUUCCUAUCAAGUAAUUCACCAAUCUGAAUUGAUGGGUUAUGUGCGUGAAAUUUACAAUACAAAAAAGGUUCCAUUUUUACAUGUGGAGCAAAUGACUGAAGUGAUUCAAUUGUUCUUUAAAAGAGUUAUUUAUAAUAAUGUUAAUCCUGCCGGUAAAAAGUCGUUUUUGGAAAGCGUGCAGACUAAAUUCGAUCAUGUUAAAAAUCGUGUCAAAAUUAUGGAACAAGAACAAGAGCAAGAAGGUGUUGAAACUAUUCAAUUGAAGUCUUUGGAUGAAUCUACAGAAUUGGAAGUUAACUUACCUGAUUUCGAGUCUUCGGACCCAGAGGAUAAGAAAAGGGUGGAAGCCUUUAACAAAUUACCAGAAAAGAUGAAAGAUGCUAUUAAGACAAAAGAUUUGGAUAAUGUCAACGCUGUCUUCGCCGAAGUACCCAUUGAAGAAGCUGAGAGUUAUUUAGAUUUGAUUAAUGAAGCUGAGAUCAUUGGAGUUAAAGCCCUGUUAGAAAAUGAAGAAGAUUUCAAGCACUUGCAGGAUGAAUAUAAAAACCAAAGCAAAUUCGAGGAUCUAACGUUGCAGGAAACCCAACAAGAAGAGGAACAAGCUACUAAUACUGCUGAUACCGUUGAUUAG